CCCCAUUUCCGUUCAUCGGACCCUGUAAUACAACUGUACAUUGUCAGCUUUUGUCAUGUUUGUGUACGUAAGAAUUUUUCUUGACUCGCACUUUAUAUUUAACUUUACAGCAUUGACCGAUUUCAGCUGUCUGUAUACUUCUACUAACUCGUGACCCCGUGAAGAGGUGUACUUUGAAGGAAAAGUAUUGCUAAAUAAGUCGAUAGAUUUCAUCUAAUUUUGAAUCAGUCCCACACUUCUUUCCUCUCCCUCUCUAUCUUUAAAGAUGCCAUCAGUCCUAACAGAUCCGAACAAAACCCGCUCAGGACUUCCUCAUCCUGGAUUCUACAGCUUUGACGUCACGGAAUAUGCACCCAAGAAUUCAACGUGGAAGGUUCCAUCGUGGGCACGUCAAGAUGGUAAAAAAUCGUACGGAAAAGAAGAUAUCAAAACGGUGAAUGGUCUUGGGGAUAAGUGGGAUAUGUUUCAUCCUACAAUCAAAGAAAUCGAUUUGACAAAGCCUGAUCCAAGGAUCAAAAUACCUGUCAGAGAGAUGGCAGGAACGGAAAAAGAUAGUUUGAUCCUGUUCAAAGAUGUGAAUAUCAUCGAUUCUACUGGACGUGAACCAUACUUAUCAAGUGUCUUAGUACACGGGGAACGUAUUGCCGAAAUUGGUCAAGUAAAUGAAAGCUUAUACGAAGGCGUUAAAGUGAUCGAAGGUAAGGGUCGAUUUUUAAUGAGUGGUCUUGUAGAUGCACAUACUCACUUUACCUGGACGAAUGCUGGUAAUCUCGACGCUCUGGCAACGAUGGGUGUGGAAGAGCAUGCUCUUUUUUCUGCCCGUUCGGCACGAACUUUUCUUGACUGUGGUUAUACAAUGUGUUUUGGAGCAGCUUCGGCUAAGCAAAGGAUUGAAACAGUCUUGAGAAAUGCCAUUUACGAGAAUGAGAUCCCUGGACCAAGAAUCUUAGCAAAUGGAAUGGAAAUGGCACCAAGAGAAGGAGCUUUGAUCGCCGGGAUCACAGCUUUUGCUGACACAGAUGAGGAGAUUUUACAGCAAAUCAAAAUGCACGUCGAUACUGGUGUUGAUAAUAUCAAACUAAGCAUGUCUGGCGAAGAGAUCACAGAAACCCUUCGCGCUGAAGAUACAGUGUUCCCGGAUAAGCAUGUUCAUGUAGCUGUCGAAGCAGCUCAUGCAGCUGGUAAACGUGUUUGCGGUCAUGCAAGAAGCGAUGAGUCAAUACUUCAAUGCUUGCAGUACGGAGUUGAUGUGAUCUACCAUGCCAGUUUUAUCAGUGAUCAAACCAUGGACGCAUUGGAAGCACAAAAGGAUCGAGUCUUCGUUGCUCCUGCUAUUAAUUGGAUCGUGGCCACGCUCAAUGAUGCCGUUGCUUUCGGUUAUACUCCAUCUAAAGCCGAAUCUGUUGGCUAUAAACGUGAAUUGGAAGUCGCACUCUCUGGCUUACGUGAAAUGCGUAAACGUGGGAUCAAAGUGUUGCCGGGUGGCGAUUAUGGCUUCGCUUGGUGUCCUCAUGGAACACAACGUGAUCUUGAGCAUUUCGUUAAUUUGAUGGGGUAUUCAAAUAUGGAAGCGAUUAUUGCAGCAACAGCAUGGGGCGGCGAGCUGAUGGGUCAACCAAACGAAUUGGGCAAGGUCCUGCCUGGCUAUUAUGCUGAUCUUUUAUUGGUGAACGGAAAUCCUCUACAAGACAUCUCGCUUUUAAGCAAGCAGGGAAAACAUCUUGAUGUGAUUCUCAUCAACGGUAGAGUCCAUAAACUGCUCUCUGACUAA